AUGCCCGUGAUAUAUCCGGAGCCGUCCACGACGGGCUUCACCCUUCAGAGGCGGCUGGCAGAUUCAACCCCUCGGGGCGCCUCGAGCACCGGGCCGGCGCGGGGCCUGAUCAGGACUGGCGAAGCUCCUCGUUUCUGCCUCCCGCUCCCCAGGGUCCACGCAGCUGACGUGGAUGCUGCCCGGUCUGCACAGAUGCCCUCGUCUCCCCCCUCCACCUGUACAGCUUCUCCGCGCCCUGUCGCUGCCAGUGCCCUGCCAAACAACAUAGGCAAGCCAGAAUUCCCAGACACGGGCACGGACCGUAUUAAGGAUCUUUUUCAGAAAGAUGCAAGUCAGAGUUACCCAGAGGAGGUGACCAAUGUGAUAAAAAGUGGACUUUUUGCUGCCCUCGCUGGCUUGAUCUACGGAGGUCUGCCGGCGGCUUACCACGCUAAGCAGCGGUACAUCCAGCAGAGCCAAGCGGAACUCUACUCUAGUCGUGUGGAAGCAGUGCGUUUGGCCCACAACGCAGCUAUCCGAGGUUUUGUGAGAUACGGCGUCCGAUGGAGCUGGAGAGUUGCUGCAUUUGUUACCAUGUUCAAUUCUGUCAGCACAGGCCUGUCAGUUUACCGUGACAAGUACACCCUCUGCAAUUUUGCCGCAGCUGGAGCUGUGACUGGAGGUCUUUUCCGACUAAACCUGGGCCUGCGAGGCCUGGUGGCGGGCACCAUCAUCGGAACAGCACUCGGAAUUCCUACAGGCGCUGUGAUCAUGAGCAUGUACUCAAUGACAGGAGAAAAUGUCAGAGAAAGGAGGCGGAGAGAGCGCAGGGAGCUUUAUGAGCUGAAACUUGCCGAGUGGACGGCACGACUUGAAUUGACCGAUGAACUGGUUGGUGACCUGAAUGCGGCCUCACGGGCAGAGGAUACAGAGCGUGACUUGAAAAAGAUCCAGGAGCUGCUCAGUUUACCGCAGAAUGAUGUAGUACAAGACUCGAGCAGCCAAUGA